AUGUUAUUAUUUUUACAUCCCGAUAUAAAUCAAUCUCGAGAAUAUAUGAAUCAUUUUCGAAGUCAUGGUUGGGAACCUAAUGAAUUAAAAAUCUAUUGGAAUGUUCAACAAAUUGAAAAUCUUUGCCCGAAACAUGAAACACAACCUUCUAAACAAGUGGAAGAAACAGAUCAAGAUAAAAAUAAUGUCAAUAGUGAAACGGAAGUCGAACCACAAUGUGAACCAGAACAUACCAGAAAAGAUACAACAAAAAUUGAAACAAAACUCGAAAAAAACGAAGAAACGAAAGAUGAAGCAACAGUUGAAGUGAAAAGUGAAAAUAAUAAUGAAGUAAAAGAGCAAAUGAAAGAUGAACCAAAUAAAGAAACAAAAGCUGAAAAUCUACCACCACACGAUCCAUCCGAUGUUGAUGUCGUACAAGCUCUACGUGAGCAUCCUGUAUCAAAAAGAAAUAAUUCUAGAAAGAUCACCUAUGUCAACAAAGGAAUUGAAAAGGCUGUUUUUGAUAUACCUGAAGAUGCUCAAAUAAUUCUUCUGAAUUUUGCUAAUGAACGUUCUACCGGUGGUGGAUAUUUGAGACAUGCUUGGGCACAAGAAGAAAUAAUACUUUACAAUUCUGAUGGCUAUCGAUCAUUGCUUGAUCUAAAAUAUGGACGUAUGAGCGGUGGCUAUGCCAUACCAGAAUUUGGGCUUGCUUAUGUUCGUGAUAUAUGUUUUUUUGAUAAAGAAACUGAGAAAAAUAGAAAGGCUGAUAUGCUAAACCCCUCCCUGCAUUAAAAGACCCCGGGUCUUCUAUUAUGUCUCGUCGUAAAAAUUUCUCAGGGGGGUCUUCUAUUAUAUCCUAGGUUUUUUAGCAAUUAUUAACUAAAUGUGGUUU